AUACCCUUUCAAACAAAAUAAGAUUUUUGGAAAUCGGUUAACAAAUGGCGGAGUAAUGUGCGAACAAACAAAAAAAAUCAAUUUGUUUUUAUGGGAUAAGCCAGUAAACGAGCAGACGGAUCAUCUGAUGGUAAGCAAUCGGCGUCGCCCAUGGACACCUGGAACACCAGAGGCAUUACAAGUGCGUUACCGGCCUUUUGGGGAUUAGGAGUUUGAGGAUUGUUGAGGAUUCAGGAAUUGGGAAGAUUGGGGAAGGGGAGGGUAAUUGGGCCUCCGGUAACUUCGCUCACACGACGAAACACAACGCAAGCGUUGCUUCACGUCGGGUUUCUGCUCGGCCGUGGUAUCA